UCUGUGUGAGUGAGUAAUCGUAUAAAUGUCUUAAUCGUUGUAAGUCGACAAGUCAGUCGAGGUCGAGCUGUCGAGACAUUCAGAUUCAACGUUUGCUUGAGCGUCCAACUACAUCGUUAAAAAGAUGGCGAAAGUAAUGCUGUACGUCUUUGUGGCGCUUUUAGCCGCGUCUCUUAUCAUGGGGGCACCCGAUAAGCGUAGAAUCUCGAGUCAACUAUCAUCAAGUACCCAGAGGAACUGUGGCCGUCACGGUGACCCCUGCGUUAGUAGCUCCGACUGCUGCACCUCUAAUAUGAUAUGUCACAGGUACGCGAAUAGGUGUCAAGUUCAAAUUACAGAAGAGGAACUGAUGGCACAACGGGAGAAGAUCUUGGGCAGGAAAGGCAAAGAUUACUAAUCUAAAAAUGUGUGUGAUUUAUAGUUUUAUAUACUACUAAAUAUUAACUCUCUCUCUCUCAUAAAAGCGGUUAUAAAAGUUAGAAUAUGUAAUUAGAAUCUGAGUAAUCCUAUGACACACACACACACACACACAACACACACACAACACGUAUCAGAAGACAAUAUUGUAAAAAAUUAACACGUUGUGUAAUAACUAAAAAUUAGUACACAUAUACAUACUCAAUGCAAAUGUAAGUGAUACCUCGAAAAAAAAUCUAAUAUAAGCAGAUUGUGUCUUGUGCAUCAAUAAUUUUUCUCAGAAAUUUGUGACACUUUUUUUAACCAGAAAUAUGUUCACAGAUGGUCGCAUAAUAAAAUUAAAAACAAUUUAUUUGAUUAA